CGAGAUGAAUUAUUACGAAAUCGUGAAAAAGUAAUGAUAAAAGAAGUUUUUCCGCCGUGACCUCCAGUUUAACGAGGCACAUGAUGCGUGAGCCCGACUAUCUGACGAAACGUCCAAGAUGACUUCGUAAUUUAUAACAAUUGCUGUGAUAUUAAUUAAAUUAGUACAAUGGACUUCGUGAUCGGUGGGAUGGCUGGUGUCGGUGCUGGGUUCUUCAGCAACCCAUUUGACGUUGUAAAGACCCGCAUGCAGCUCCAGGGAGAGCUACGGGCCAGGGGUCAGCAUGCGGUGUAUUAUAAGAACAUACCACACGCCAUGUUUACUAUAGUGAAACAUGAUGGAAUCACAGCAUUGCAGAAAGGUCUGGCACCGGCUCUGUGGUUCCAACUGGUUGUCAACGGAGUAAGGUUAGGUAUAUACCAACAAGCAGACAACUACGGUCUACUGCGAGACGAAAAAGGCAACACCAAGUUUGCUAAUAGUUUAUUCUUUGGAUUUGUGGCGGGCAUGAGUGGGGCAUUCUUCGGCAGUCCCUUACAACUAGUAAAGACCCAGUUGAUGUCGUACUCUUCAAAGAAUAUCGCGGUGGGAACCCAGCACGCUCAUCCUGGGAUGGUAAACGCUCUGAGGAAGAUAUAUGUAAAAAACGGUCUAGGAGGAUUGUGGAGAGGUGCUCAUGGGAUGAUGUUAAGGAAUUCCAUUGGUUCUGCCUCGCAGAUAGCUUCUUAUGCUAUAUGCAAAGAAUGGAUGAAUGACAACAACAUGUUCCAGCAAUCCAAAUAUCUGUCGGCGUUUGUGGCGAGUAACGUCGGAGCACUGGCCAAGACUGUGGGGUUGACGCCUAUGGACGUCAUCAUGACCAGGCUUUAUAAUCAAGCUGUAGACGCAAACGGCCGUGGCAUGUUAUACAAUGGAGUAAUCGACUGUGCUAGAAAAAUCACACAAGCAGAAGGUCUAUUGGCUUUCUACAAGGGCAUAGGACCUACGUAUUUGAGGCAAGCGCCUCACACGGUAUUAUUACUUGUCUUCUGGGACAUACUGAAGGAUUUAAGAAAAAGCAUCGAAUUGAAGGCGUGAUACACGAAGAACGUUCGAGAAAUACUUAUAAGUAGCGUAAGUGAUUAUGUAGUACAAAAGAUCUAGUAUAAUUAUUGUAUCCUAAAACGCGAAUAUCUUAAGCCUUAAAUAUUACGAACGAGUGCUUGUGACCUUUCGCGUAGUGUUGCCUAUUUUAAAAAAGAAAACUUAAUACCGUCACUAAUGCAGCCAAAUAUAUUUAUCAAUCUUAGUUAAAUACCCGUAAGGCACAUAUAUGGUUCCUAAUGUAGGCAUUAAUCAGCAAGAUGAAUACUUAAGUUUCCAAGAGACAAUAAAAAUAACAUUUAGUACAAAGUAUAUAAGGAUCAUAGUCCUAGUGAAAUCUCGGUAUCAAAUACUGCAGAUAAUAUAGGUUAUUCUUUCAUAAUGAAAAGCUUAUUGUAUGUUUGUGUUUUUCAUAAUUCGGUUACUAGUUAGUAAUCUGACUACCUAGUAUACUAUGUUAAACAAGUAUAGAGUAGAAAAAAAAAUACGGAUCAUUAAAAAUAUCAAUACUUGGUCACUCAGGACAUUAAAAUUUACUUUAUAAUAAUAUUAUCGAGUCAUAAAGAUAAAUAAUUCCGUAAUUACAUAACAUGAUAAAAAGCAAACAGUUCGAAAUGAUAACCAAACGUCCUCGAAGCGAAAUCUCAGUAGAAUCUCUAAAUCGCUUCCUCAUCAUUCCAUUGUUUGUAAACGAUUUAAAUUAUUUAUUCUUUCCCCUUCAGAAUCUCUACUCAAACAUACAGUGAGUGAAAAAAAUAAAUGUAAUUAUACAAAUUGAGGAUAAUGUGACUUCGGCAUAUUUAUCAUAACUAUUUUUAAUGCCUUUUUAAAUAUGACUUAGUUUAUGACAGUCAUGUUCGGUUUUUAAGAUGUUUUGUUUUUUCACACGUUUUCCUUGUGAUUAGUGUGAAUUUUCUAUAUGAAAGAUAAUGUGUACUUAUGCGUCUUGGCUGUUAAAUUGCUGUCCUUUACCAAAAAAUGAAAAAAAAAACCCAUUCGAAUUUCAAUUGUAGUGUUUAUUAGUAUCACAAGCAAUAUAGACGAAAUGAAUCGACCUACGAACGUCAUAGUAUAUAAUAAUCAAUGUAAAUUUGUAAUUAUUAUUUACGAAUGAAUGAAUCAAUAAAAUGCUCAAAGGAUUUAAUGAUAUAAGUAAUCAUAAUAUAGAUAAAAUUGUAAGUAUCAGUACUCCAACAUACUAUGUAUCUUCCGUAGUAAAAAGUUGUAUCUACCGCGUAAAGCCGAUACGCUUUUUUAUGUCAGUAAUACCAGUAAAUAUCAGUAUUAUACAAAUUUAUUGUUUGUCCCCACUGUUCUGUUCUCAACCGCCAUGUUUGAUAAGUUUUUAAUAUGUUCUAUUUUUGUUUAUGUUUUCCAUUUCAACAAACAAGGAAAAAAAUAUUGCAUUAAUAGAUUUAUCCAGUAGGAUUAUUCAGUUAUAUACACUUCUACUGUUAUAGAAGUAUAUCAAUCUGAAGUUAGGAAUUCAUUGGCAAUCUAACUUUACAAGUGAAUUGUGCGUUGGAUUUCUUUUUGUGUUCUGUGUUCCUGUCACUAAAAAUCCCAUCGUAAUAGCUUAGAUAGAGUUUUUAGACUGAUCUGAUAUCUUUCACAAAAACGCAGUUGUUUUUUUAUUGCCAAAACCGAAUACAAAUACUAUAAGAGCAAUUUCUUUGAUUGAACUGAAGUUAUCCACAAUCGGCGUCUUAGAUAGCUUUUGUUUUCCGCGACUUAUUACUAACUUCAGAUCUGUCAACUUAAAUUGCUUGUAUUGUCCAUCUACUAUAAAUGGUAAAAAUCAUCAAAGAAAGCAUUGUGUCGUGAAUAUUACAGUAUUCAAAUGAUCGUAACUUAGCAUUUAAAGAGUACAAAGUAGUUUGUGUUAACAUACGAAUUUAUGUUAUCUUGCCGUUUAUGAAAUGUGUUUUUUUAGUUUUAGUAUAUGAUUUGUUAGUAAUAUUUAGUAAAUGUAAAUGUUUGUGCUCAAAGUCGUAGCACACUUCGAUGGCAAUGACUUUACUAUAGUUUCAUACAACAAUAUAGAAUACCAUCAACAUAAUUUGUGUCGUAGUAUAUUUUUUAAUGAACUGUGUAAAAAUAUGUAUUUUUAAUAUAUAUGAGCAAAAGUUAUUAUAUUUUUUGAUAAAAUACAAUCCAGAGAUAUAAUGUUAUAGGCCAUAUAAUUAUUUACAAUAUUCAAAGUAAUUAUAUAUUUUUAUAACUACUGUGAAAUGUUCAAAAACCCAAAAAAAUAAGAACAUCAGUUAUUAGAUCUUGAAUGAUGUUAAGCAUGUUGUUAUUUUGUUAUGUACCAAUUGUUAAUAUUUAAGGAUACCAAAGCUGUAUUGUUAUAUUUAGUUUUUUACAUUCAAUUGACAUAAACAAAUAAAAUAUAGGUUAUACUUAAUGCUAAUUAAACAAAUUAGCAGGUGGACUCAUACAUUGUAAAAUUAAGAUAAGCCCUGUGACAUAUUGAUAUCCACGCCUAUGAUUUUUUUUAUAGCUAUGUUAAAUAAUUUAUUGAUGGAAAUGCCAUGUCAUAUAGUAAUCUUUUUAACCGCCAAUUGGUUCGAUUUAUCAAACAAAAUAAAUCGAUUACAAAUACUUAUUUUAAAUAAAAAAAAUAGAUGUGUACUUAAAACUACAAACACUUGAAACAUCUACGGAUGAAAACAUACAAUGUACGAUUGCUAGUUAAUUUCUUUGAAAUAUUAAGUAUUAGAUGCUUUUAAUUAUCAACCUAAACAUGUGUUUAUUCGACAAAAUUUGUGGCAAGUCUAUUCAUUAUUCAUCCAAUCAUAAAAUUUUGACAUACUUCCGACAACAGACAGGUUACUUUGACAGCUGUCAUGGGGCUUAUCCAAAAUUUUACAAAAUAUAGUAAGGAUUUUCAAAAUGUAGUCUUUUUGAUCACCCGAUAUUUUAGUCUCUGUUUUGUAUCUGCUAAUAACUCGACCUUCGCAAAAUCACCGAUAAAUAAUCGAUAGCAGCCAAACUAUAAAAGAAGAAAA